AUGCCGCUACUCUUAGCCAUACCGGUUGAGGCACAGUUGGACUAUUUAGGCUGUUUUUCAUCUGUUUCAGGUCUAACAUCAUAUGGAGAAUAUAUGUACCAGUCAUCUGGCUACUGCCAACAGCAAUGUCCGGAUAGCUAUGUCAUCGCCCUAUUAAAUGGUAACGAGUGCUAUUGUGGUGAUGUUGUUCCAAGUCAAACAUCAAACAGCUGUAAUUCUAAAUGUUCUGGUUAUCCUCAGGAAAUGUGCGGCGGUGAUAGUUCAUAUACUGUGUAUUUAAACGAUCAAAAUAAAGACGAUCAGGAGAGUGAUUCAUCAUCUUCAGAGACGUCUUAUUCUUCCACCGAGGCUUCGACUUCAGAGGCUUCUUCAUCAGCAUAUGAAUCAUCUUCAGAUGAAGCUGAUACUUCCACAUCCAGCGCAUAUUCAUCCUCGACAUGGGAGGAUGAUACCUCAUCAAGUGCAGACUCAUCAUCCACAGAGGAAGCAUCUUCAACAACAUAUUACUCGUCCGAUGAUGACUCCUCAACGUCGGAUUAUUCGACAAGCACUUUUUCUUCCACGAGUAGUACAUCUACAACUUCCACAACAUCGCGAUUCAAGACAUCCGUUACAACAACAACAUCGUCAUCAUCAUCAUCAUCAUCCACUAUACCAUUGGUCACGAAAGUUACUAGCAUAAUUGUGAUCUCGACUUCAAAAUCACCAACAACGACGGAAACAUCUGUUGUGACGAUCACAAGAGGAGUAGUUGCAUCAUCCUCUACCGCAGCAUCUAACUCAACUGGAGGUCUAGGAUCAGCAUCCAACUAUGGAAAGAGCUCCGGAAGCUCUGGACUCAGUAAAGGAGCAAUCGCUGGAAUUGUUAUUGGAAGCGUUCUAGGUGCAGCAAUAAUAGCAGCAAUCAUAGUGCUCUUGUUUCUCUUCAGAAAGAAGCAUAGAGAUAGCAUGUAUGAUGAUGAAAAAUCGGGAUAUGCUUCGUCUACACUGCAUGAUACCCUUGAUGAUGCAUAUCUACCCCCGCCAACCAUUGGAGUAAGGAGAUUUAGCAACGGCUCUUUACCUGAUGCUGCUGAUGGUCCACGGGGUCAACUCAGAGUGAUCAAUCCGGAUUUAUCACAUAGCAAUAGUCACGUACUGACUGAAAAGUGA